UUUACUGCUUUUUAAAAACCAGUCCAAUGUGUAAUCAACACUUAGUGCUGUUUCAUAUCUUUUUUCCUCCUCCUCUCCUUAGAGCCUCCCCGAGUCUCCCUCAAAGUAGAACCCCUUCUGUCCAUGCAGGAGGGCGAGGAGCAGAGAAUAGUGUGUGAGGCAAAGGGCUACUACCCUCUGGAUGUGGAAAUACGUUGGUACAAGCAGAAAGCAGUGCUGUCCAAUCAGAGAGUCGUGACUCCUCUGCCCAAACAAUUGUCACACUCCAUGCUGUCCGGCCAAAAAGUCAACAGGGAUGGCACCUACUCAGUCUCGGCUUUCUUCUACCUCCAGGCUUCGCUUGGAGACUCAGGAAAACAGUUUACAUGCAGCGUCUUCCAUCAGUCUCUGAGUGAGCCCAUCAAAGAGAGCUUCAUCCUGCAUGUUGAAGAGCCCGUCAGCAGGACGUUUAUCCUCCUUGUUAGCUUCACUGGGAUGGCACUCUUUGUCAUACUGUAUAGGAAUCUGCGCUACCUUCGCUCCGAAAGAGGACGGUCAGCACAGAGGAACCAAUAUCAAGCAGUCCCGGUGGUCUGAGGAGAACAUGACAAUCACCAGUGACGGCAGAAUGUCUCCAUCACUCCUCUCCCCUCAUGCAUGGUUAUGUCAGAAUGAUGCAGAUGUUUGAUUUUUGAUUUUUGGGUGAAUAUGGGUGUCUGUGAAUCUGAAUAUGUGUUUUUAGGUUGCACUGAUUUUUAUUUCAUUGUAUGUAGUGUCUUGAUGCUGAAGUAGAUGAAUUGUCUCCUUAAUGAAGGCAAUCCUGUACAAUACUGAUGACAAUGGAACAAUUGCAGUGGGGUUUUUGAACACUAGCAGUGCUAUGGUGCAGUGAUUCGGCUGUAGCUGCACACAUGCAAGUGCACAGGCAACAUGACACACGUUCCUGAUCUACAGGUGGCUGAACUGCACUGAGAAUAAAAAACUCCAGGACAAGCAGUGAAAAAUAAAACUGCUGGGUGGCUAACCUGUGUGUAAAAACUGGAGGAAUGAAAAUGUUUUUAAAACUUGACUCUGUCAGUUUUUAUGUGUUUUAUGUAUAUUAAGCAAGUUUGUUAAACCUCAGGGACACACAGGAUGUGCUUUGGUUAGAAACUAUGAAUAUAACAUUAUUUAUUUACAAUAAAGCUCUACAGGGCAGUAUAAAUGAAAUUUAGCUGCAAUACCAAUACUAAAAUGUCACAAAACCUGCUCAGUUAUUGUCAAACAAUAAAAAAAGGUACAACUUCUCAGGAGGGAAUAACAAUGUUGUAAAAAGUGGAAUGAUUUCAGAAGUUCUUAUAUUCUUGUGUGUAUUCAGACUAUUUUUGUAAAUAAUAAAAGCGUUCAUUGGACAAGAAAA